CAUGAUCCGUGAUAUCACCGGUCAUGAGUACUAAUCUAUGCCUAUUGCAUGCUGUUGGCGCAUUGAGUGAUAUUAUAUCUUAAACCGCAUCAAAUCAAGAAACAGGAAAAAAAAGUGCCGGUAUUCUCAGAGUAAAUUACUGUAUUGGCUGGUCAGCGGUACUGUCAGUUCAAAACCGACAAAAAAAUAAAUGACAAAAAACAGCGGACAUUGCCAAAGGCUUUUUACAUAAACAAACUUUAUUCACCACAAGAGACUUCUUGUUUCUUGUCUUUAUGUCAUAAAAUGUACAACACAUUCAGUCAUUUUCUUUGGUGUUUGCAAAACAGGAAGCUUGAAAGCCGCCAUCUUGAUUCUGGUCACAUCUCAUGCAUAACAGUGAUUUUUCCCUUCAUUUAUUUUCUUCCUCUUUUCUCUUUCAGUUGUUUCCCUUUCUGAUCAGUAAGAGUCUGAUAUUUUCUAUCAUGAUAUUGGCAUUCUUAGCAGGCAUGUUGUUAUUCAUUACUAUCUAAUGGUUUUCAUCGUUCUUUUUGAUAUUCUCGGUACAAUAUUUUCAAGUUCAUCGUUUUCCAUCAAGUAACGCAGACAAUUAUUCCAGUAAUGACGAUGUCGAUACARACCGGAGACGUAAGCAAGUAGGUUGUCAUGCUAAGUACCUCUUAGAAUUUCAAUACAACAUUUUAGCAAGAAAAAGGCUGUUUUUUUCUCAAGUGUUUUGAAGUGUGUAUUAGUUUUCGAUUUUAAAGUGGCCCCUUUAGGUAAUCCUCCCACGGAUAAAAAGCAYGCUAAUAAACCAAAACUGCAAUUUCAAGUAUGCUCUUUGCCUAGKUGUUUCCCGUCUAUCUCUUCGCUGCUUCAAUCAGCGAGGGAAGGACRGGACAUUCAUUGACGCACUUUCUGUAUAAAUACUUGUAAAUACAGUAAUUGAUUAUUUUCCUCACAAGGAACUAAUCGACUACCAAUGUCUAGAUGUGAWUAUUUUUUUAGUUUCAAUCUAAUCACCCGCUGCACAGGCUAGAUGAUUAUUUGAUAACAAUUCCCUUGCAUGAAAAAAAAAACCUUGAUCGACUUAUGAAGCGCAGUAAUGUCAUUAGGAACAAUAUACUGAUCWUGGCGCCGUCGGCAAGUUGUCGCUACGUUCAAAUAGUCCAUGUCACAAUAAAGACUACUAAGCUCUUUGUGUAUCUCGCCGAGGGAGUUCGGAUAGUUCUCUAUCGGGCCACCUGGCUUGCGGUUAGAGGGUUAUGUUAACGAGAUCUUUCGUGACAGAACGGCUAAUGUCCUCUCUUGAAAAUCCAUCCGUUAGUGAAAACAACUACAUCUACAAAGGAUGAACCCAGAACACCCGACAUUCGCUGGAAAGUUGUUAAGAGACAAGCUUUAAUUUCCAACCGCUGGCUGGAGACAAACCAUCUCAAACACAAGACUUUGGACAAAGACAAAGAUCGUCGUCAUGUUCAGCGAAAAUGGCUCCAAUGCAACCAAUACCACUCCAGCCCCAACCCCACCCCCAGGAGAAGGAGAUUUUGUURUUCCCUUGGAUCUAUCAAUAGGAGUGACUAUCUUAGCGUUGAUCAUCUUCUUUACUGCGCUGGUUGGUAAUUCUAUUGUGGUCUAUAUCGUCUUUACAUGUAAUCAUAUGAGGAACACAACUAAUAUCUUAAUCGCAAACAUGGCGAUAGCGGACCUWUGGAUUACCAUUGACAUCCCUUAUGUCAUAAAGUGGCUGUUUGUUGGUGAUACCUGGUUUGGUGGUGGCUUUGGUAGUUUUAUGUGUAAAUUCUUUCACUCAGCCCAGGCAGGUUCCAUCGCAUGUUCCAUCUUCACYUUGGUAUGCGUGAGCCUGGACAGGAGUCUUGCUAUCAUAUUCCCGAUGAGAGUUAUUUUGACCAARAAGAUUGUCAAAGUUCUGAUUGCUAUCGUGUGGCUGCUAACGCUGGCUUUCCUCGUMCCUUUAUUCACAGCAACUAUUGUGCGCAAGAAAACAGAUGGAUCGUACGGAUGUCUAGAGRAUGGCUGGGUUGACAUUAAUGUUCUUUCARAGCAACAUUACAUUCAAACRUUCACAUUCUGCACGUACGUAUUACCGCUGACURUCAUCACCUCAUUGUACGCCACGACUGGAUUUCGAUURUGGAGCAGRAAAAUCCCUGGAAAUCGCAGYCUACGAGUCCACAAGAGAGUCCACUCCUCCAACAAGCGAGCAACMAUCAUGCUUGUCACGGUUGUGGUAGUGUUUGCAAUUUGUUGGUUUCCUUUACAAGUUCUAGAAUUCAUUAGAGUGUACGAUCUUGACAUGAUGAAAAGAAUUCCUUUGAGAUUGUAUGUUGUAAUGCCGUGGUUUGGAUUUGCUAAUUCYGCCAUCAAUCCCAUUCUUUAUGUCAUUUUCUCAGAAAACUAUCGACGCGAGUUCAAAAGGACAUUCACCCGUAAGAGCCGUCGACGAAGUAGUACUUCGAUGGUUAGUCGUGGCUUAACAAUGCGAACAAGAAUGUCUCUCUCGACGUCAGUCCCUCUACAGAAACUAAGGAAYGAUAGUUUGAUGCAAGGUGAUUGCAAUGGACUGGUACCAAGAGAUGAAAGUCCAGGAAGAAAGAGCCAAAGUGAAUAUUCUCCAAUAAAGAAAAUUGUAGAAACUCCCGACUCCGCYGCAGAUAAUCUUUUUGGUUCGUCAGCGCAAAACGAGGAUGAACAUUGCCUGUCAGAAAACUAAUAAAACAAAUAUUUAUGAAGAGCUGAUCAUAAAAAUACUUUCAAUUGUAAAUAAAUGCGUUAUURCCAUGACAUGUUCAUCUGUAAUACAGUCGUUUGGAACUGAUGAGAGGAAUAUCAUCGACURUGUCCAUCUAGUUAUCGGCCGGUUGUACGAAUUGAAUCUCAACUCCAGUACCUCAGAGCUAGUGAAAGACGUAUUCGCAAAGUCCUGGGGCGAUAUAAUAUAUUCUUCAUAAAACUACAACAAUGCAAUAUCCUUUGAGAAAAUAUAAUUUAAAAUUAUAAAUGAAUUAAAACUUACAUGUAACAUAAGGUUUUGUACCUUCACAUACAAAAUAAGUUAACACGCAAAACCUGCAUCAUACAAUUUGCGGUAUUACAGUUAAAAUCCAUGUCAACAUUUACCCAGUUUUUCUAGUGUUCGCAGCUGGAAUGACUUUUUAAUCGAAUGAAAAUUACGUCCURUGAUGUAUAGUAUAAAAAAAACAUUGAGUACGUCUCCACAGGAAGCCCGUUCAAUAUCUCUUGUGUAUAAAUAUAAGAUAAUAAGUAUUUGUCGAUCCUGCUUGAAAUAUACUAAUUACACCGAUAAAAAGUAUUAAAAGUAAAUCUGUAACUACAAUCUCUA